AUUGGGGCGGGUGACAGAUGACGAUCGACUUCACUGUACAAUACUUUGUGAAAGCCCGCUCUCCUGGUUGACAUACACGUUUGUGUUGAAGAAGCACGAUGCUCCGAAUUGUGUUAUCCAGAACUUUGCCUCGAAUCUCUGGCAUUUCGAAUUGUCAGUAUUCUGCGGCCGCCAUCCCGGUACCAAGCGCACAGCCCGAAGUCCAUUACAACAAGCUGUUCAUCAAUAACGAGUGGCAGGAUGCCGUCAGCAAGAGGUCCUUCCCCACCAUCAACCCAGCCACAGGAGAGGUCAUCUGUCAGGUGGCUGAGGCAGACAAGGCAGAUGUGGACAAGGCUGUGAAGGCUGCCAGGGAGGCCUUCAGGUUUGGGUCACCAUGGCGACGCAUGGACGCGUCGGACCGCGGGCUGCUCCUGAGCCGACUGGCAGACGCAAUCGAGAGGGACACAGCCUACCUAGCGGAACUGGAGACCCUGGACAAUGGGAAGCCCUAUGCCGUGUCCUACAGCGUGGACGUGCCCAUGGUGGUCAAGUGCCUCAGGUACUAUGCAGGCUGGGCAGAUAAGUGGGAGGGGAAGACCAUUCCCAUUGAUGGAGACUUCUUCUGCUACACUCGCCAUGAGCCCAUCGGUGUGUGUGGCCAGAUCAUCCCGUGGAACUUCCCUCUGCUGAUGCAGGCAUGGAAGCUGGGGCCAGCUCUGGCUACAGGCAACACUGUGGUGAUGAAGGUGGCUGAGCAGACCCCCCUCACUGCCCUGUAUGUGGCCAGUCUCAUCAAGGAGGUUGGUUUCCCUCCAGGUGUGGUGAACAUCCUGCCUGGUAUGGGUCCAUCUGCUGGUUCUGCCAUCGCCUCCCACAUGGAUGUGGAUAAGGUGGCUUUCACAGGAUCUACUGAGGUAGGUCACCUGAUCCAGCAGGCAUCUGGCUCCAGCAACCUGAAGAAGGUCACUCUGGAGCUGGGAGGAAAGAGCCCCAACAUAAUCAUGUCUGAUGCCAACAUGGCGGAGGCGGUGGAACAGUCCCACUUUGCCCUGUUCUUUAACCAGGGCCAGUGCUGCUGUGCCGGCUCCCGUACAUAUGUGCAGGACACCAUCUAUGAUGAGUUUAUGGAGCGCAGUGUGGAGCGGGCCAAGAGCAGGGUGGUGGGAGACCCCUUCAACAUGAAGACUGAGCAGGGACCGCAGGUGGAUGAGGAACAGUUCAAGAAGAUUCUGGGCUACAUCAGCAGUGGGAAGCGUGAGGGGGCCAAGCUGAUGUGCGGGGGAGGGGUGGCUGCAGACCGUGGCUACUUCAUCCAACCAACCAUUUUUGGAGAUGUCCAGGACGGCAUGACCAUYGCCCGUGAGGAGAUCUUUGGGCCGGUGAUGCAGAUCCUGAAGUUUAAGACUCUGGAGGAGGUGGUUGAGAGAGCCAACGACACAAAGUACGGCCUGGCAGCUGCUGUCUUCACCAAAGACAUCGACAAGGCCCACUACAUCUCUAGCGGACUUCGCGCCGGCACUGUCUGGAUUAAUUGCUAUGAUGUGUUUGGAGCACAAGCCCCCUUCGGUGGCUACAAAUAUUCUGGUAACGGUCGUGAGCUGGGAGAAUAUGGCCUGGACAACUACACUGAAGUGAAAACGGUAACAAUCAAGGUCCCUCAGAAAAACUCAUAAAGACGUCUGAACUCUGCCUCCAAUCAAGGAAACUAACUGACCAUAGUAAGGCUCUAUGGGACUAAAUCAGCCUUUAUUUUGUUUAUCACAGAGUCCUCAGUUAUUCAGUUGGACUUCAGUGUUACUUAGCCUCUGUACUCAUCUCUAACUUCAUGCAAAGAAUUUCCAAACAAGAUGAGAAAACAAUUACAGACAUGGUACUGUUUACAACCAGCUUGUACAGCCUUGUUUACAACCAGCUUGUACAGCCUUGUCAAACUUCAACAGCUUAUUUUAAGCACUUCAUAGACCAUGCCAUAAUAUUUCAUAAGACUUAUUUCAGUCAUUAUGUUCAUCCUGUUUUAAUAUGCUGAAUCCCUGCUACAAUGCAGAGUAGUUUUGUACUCUUGUAGAGUGAAAGUGUGAACUUUGAAAGGAUUUUGGAUAAUAAAUGCACUUGAUACACGCUA